AGGUACGUCAUAUCCAAUGGACCGUCAUGUCCUCUGCUGGAAGAAACAGCUAGCGACGAGGCAAACUGUGUUUCAUGUCAUUCACCAAGUUACACGGGGGGAUGUCGCCACAGCGCAACAUUUAUUCAGCUUUGUGUUAGAGUCACAGCUGUCGCUAAGUUAGACAUUUUGUCGAAAUUCGCCUUUAUUCCGAUGAAUGAGCGAUACUUGGCAGGGAAGUCGCUCAGCUGGCUAGCACACAAGUAGCUAGCUAGACGGCUAGCAGGGCAGCUCUUUGUUUUCAGAUGUUUUCAGACGGCCAGCGGCUAGCAGGGACAGCUGCCCGGCCGUCUGACACCUCACCUCGACAAGUCUAACAACAUGCACACGGUAGCUUUAGUGGCGGACAAUUAACUUGUUUUGGUUUCUUGACAUAUCCAAUUAAAAAUUCGGACUGCAAAAAGAAAAGAAAGAAAGAAAGAAAAAAAAAACACUAGCCACCGAGAGCAAGUUUUAGCAACGAGCAGCUAGCCAGCCGCAGAGCCAGGACUGAGAGAAGACAGAGAUGGGCAACUGUCUGAAAUCUCCGACAUCGGACGACAUUUCUCUGCUUCAUGAGUCCCAGUCAGACAGGGCGAGUUACGGCGACGGGCCGGAGCCGGACAUGGAGCCGCCUCCCCCCUACCAGGAGCAGGCUCACAUGCCCAUGUACCAUCCCACCCCGAGUCAGGCCCGCCUGGCCACCCAGCUGACAGAAGAGGAGCAGAUCCGCAUUGCUCAGCGCAUCGGCCUCAUCCAGCACCUCCCCAAGGGCAUGUACGACGGAGGCCAGGAUGGCUCCGAGAAAAAGAUCAGAGAAUGCGUGAUCUGUAUGAUGGACUUUGUGUAUGGAGACCCCAUCCGGUUCCUGCCCUGUAUGCACAUCUACCACAUGGACUGUAUAGACGACUGGCUCAUGAGGUCCUUCACCUGCCCCUCGUGCAUGGAGCCUGUGGACGCUGCUCUGCUCUCCACCUAUGAGACCAACUGAUUUCCCACUCUUUCUCUCCCAGCGCUAAGACCGAACAUGGCCCCUCCGACCCCAAAUACACACACACACACACACACAUGCAAACCCAACGACUGCCUUCUUGUACAGCAAGUUGUGCUGGCUGUUGAUUAAAACGAGACACUGUUCUAGCACUAGUGAAUUCAAUCAACAAAAUCACACAUAGCGCCUUCCGUGUCCCUCAGUCUGACACUAACUUGACGUUAAACAGACAACUGUACCUUCAGACAACCAUGCAUGACUGUGUUUGUGUGUGUCUGUUAUUCUGAAAUAGUGUGCAGCUGACAGUGAGCACUUUGGUUCAUGUGUGUGUAUGUGUGUGUUGGUGUGUGUGUGUGUGUGUGUUGGAGGGAGCUGUCUGGGAUGACUGCAUUCCCACUUGAGCAGGUCUCAGUGGUGUGUCUGUCCCAACAGACACUGUUCACCCCCCGUCAGUCGUCAUAUAAAUGGCAGAUUAGCUUACUGAAUUAUUGACCAAAUGUUGUCCUGAAGUGUUGUUUGAAACCUGUUAGCUUCAAUUCAAGGCCUCACCAGGCGACGGUAAGAGUAGACUCUCUACAUUUGGGUCGAAUCUCCUAACAUGCUCUCACUUUAAAAGGCCCUGCACUUUGGAGACAUGGAUUGCAACGACUGAAGUUUACACUUUUAGUGUUAGAUAAAGAAGAAACUGAAUUUAUUGCUCUCCUUAGUCAGGACUUCAACAAAGUAUGCACCCGCAGUGCAGAAAUCACCCAAAGUUCAUCCUUAAUUUAGUCUAACAAACGGCGUACGUUUGAUGGAGAUCAAGGAUACGUGACAUUCUUGUGAUUUCCAUUUGACCAUGGUGGCGCAAUUAUCAUUCCAAAUGGCCAGAGAUUGAAAAAAAAAAGCUUUUAUUUGAAGGGAAAACACACAGUUUAAAGCGUCACUGUGUAAGGUUAACAUGUUUAACCCGAAGAGUUGAAAAGUAGCUGGCAGCCAAUGUAAAGGGCUCAUUAUGCAUGGGCAGGCAGAUCAGUCUAAAAUUUAGAAAUGCUUGCACACGCAUUCAUCUGAUCCAGAGAUUUGCACUUUAUUUAUAGGAUAAUAAUGGAAACAAUAUAUUAAUAUAUGUACCUAUAACCUUGCACUAUCAAUAUUUCUUUCCUUUUAUUUCUUGAAAUGCAGAAGUUAAGUUACAACUGAUAAAGGUAUUAUCAUUGCUGUCAGUCGUCAGUCAUCACAUUGAAGAAAGCCUGAAGAUGUAUUUCAUGAUAUCUGUGAUUCAGUGGCGUGAGCCUCCGGUUUGUUCUGCUUGUCUCAGUCCUUGUGUGCUCAGUGUGUAAGUAAAGGGACAGAGGUUUGCUCUAACUGGAGAGAGAAAAUAGGCUAGAUUUAGAAAAGGUGAAUUUUCUGCUGUCUCCUUUUUGAAUCCUCUCACCUUUAGAUCAGCAUCACAUUCUUUAUUGAUGUUGUAAUACACUGUAUGAUCAAUGUUUUCGUUUGUUUGUUGCAGUGUAGCAAUAGCUGCAGUCAGGUUGCUUUCCUUUGACUUGCAGCAUUGUUUGGUGAUACUGUGGCUGUCCUUUGUUUUUCCUUUUUUUUUUUUUUUACCCUCUACCUUGACAUUUUGGUCAUUAUUGUGUAGACUCACUUGUGUAUUUAGUAGGUUAACCAUCUUAACUGUAUAGCUACUACACUGGGUUAAGUCUGACUAUGCAAACCUCUGUCCCGACUGAAUUUCAGAGUAUGAAAGAUUUCUCUAAAGGUGUGAUAGUUACAGUUAAGAUAACGUAUUUUCUGUUGAGCUUUCUUUUGCAGUGUUUUGCAACUUAAGUUUAAACUUAUUCCAGCCUCUGAAAAUUAAUGGUAUUUCCUUUUAAUCUUGUUUUUUUGGAAGGCUAACUAGCCCUCAUGUAAACAAAAUAAAUCAGAAAGCACA